UCCGUUUGGCCACGGGAGACGCCGUAGGUCACAGGUCAAGGGUCAAAAGCGGGCGGGAAAAUGGCGUCCGUCACGACAAGACUGGUCUCAGGUGCCAUUAGGCCACUGAGACUGCUGAGCCAGGGAUGUGCUGUAGUGAUGCCCCCCAAAGUUACCCCACUGUCCUGCCACUUCUCCAGCCUGACCACAGCCCCAGGGCUACAACGGCUCACAGCUGCUCGCCCAGUCCUCUGGACCAAUGUGGACACCGUGACCAGGCAGCAGGGCAUUCUUCACAGUGUGAUGCGCUCUUGCCCCGGCCUGCUGCCCCAGCCUGUGAGGAGCCUCACAUACUACAGUCUGAAGAAGGGCAAGAGGAAGACGGUGAAAUCUGUAGUGCGACGGUUUUUGCGGCUACACUGUGGCUUAUGGCUGAGACGGAAGGCCGGUUACAAGAAGAAGCUGUGGAAGAAGAAGUCUGUGAGGAAGAAGCGCCUGAGGGAGCAUGUUUUCUGUAAUGGCACACAGUCCAAACUCCUGGACAAAAUGACCACGUCCUUUUGGAAGCGGAGGAACUGGUUCCUGAACGACCCCUACCAGAAAUACCACCAACGCACAAACCUCAAGCUGUAGAAGUGCUGUUUGAUCGCUUACAUUUCUAGGAGGAAACAUAAAGGGUUAUUAUCUUCAUCCAAGCUUAUUUCUCAAAAGUAUUUAUUGCAGUCCAAAUCUGACAAUCAAAUAUGUUUAACUCUUACCCCAUGUUGGUUACUUAUAUAACCCUUAAGUGCCCCCCUCG